AUGGCUUUUGACCUGCGGCAGAAGGUGUUCCGCAUUCCAAACAACAUUGCCGUUUCGGCGGGACUGCGGUGGGACUUCAUUGGCGCGGACCCUGUCGAUCUGGACCUCAGCGCCGUGUGCUUCACGAACGAAGGGAUGUUUUUGGACUGCGUCUUUUUCAACCACCCCUUUCCCACCGGUGUUGAUGAGGAGGAGCUGCGCAGCUCCGGCGUCCUCGUUGAUCCGCAUCAGUUGCCCUUCAUGUUUGUUAGCGGCGACAGCAGGAUUGGCGGGGAGGAGGAGAACCAACUCCCCGGGCUCGCACUGGCCGCCAAGCGCCGGAAGUACCAACUGAAGAACGUCAACAACAGAAACAACAAAAGGGAUGAAAUGAAUCGCAUGGGUGCCAUGGAUGCACUCUUCUCUCGCCUGUACGAAGAAGCGGAGCUUGCGAUGGUGGAGGAGGCAAUGGACGAGCACCGCUGUGGGGAUGAUGAUUACCGCGCGUCACGCCGAAAGAAGCGUCGUGAGUUCUGUGACGAAUUUGUGACGUUUGUGAUGCACAAGAUACCGUUGGAUGUUUCUGUCAUCUUUCUUGUGGUGACGAGUUACACCGGCGCCGACUUUACGACACUGCCAGGGGUGAAACUUGUGGUGUUUAAUGAAACCAUAAACGAGCAGGUGGGAUCCAUUGAUCUCAAGCGUUCUACUGGCAACGGUACAGCCAAUCUUGCUUGUAUGUUGUGUUCUCUUCCACCUCUUACUGACAACCCGGCGGAACCGAAAAUGUGGGACCUACGCGAACUCAACAUUCGUACUUUUGGUUACACGUUUGUAGACGUACUGCCGGUCAUGAUGGAUGUUCUUGGUGUCGAGCGAAAUUCACGCGAUGACGCCGUACGGCUGCUGCCCGACUACCCGCUAAACAAAGAGAGCUUUUGGCACACGGAGCAGCCACUUUCAGAUGUUCGCUUUGGUGUUGGCUGGAAUGGAGAGCAUGAUCUUGAUGCCUUCAUGGUAAUGCUGGAUGAAAACAACUGCUACUUAGAUCAUCUGCACCCAAAACAAACAAGACUGCAUUCUAUCUAUCCACACGUUGCCCGCCACUCUGGGGAUGCCAUCAAUGGAUUUGGAACAACUGGAGAUGAGGAGUUUAUUGACUUGAUGACAUACCGCAUGCCUCCCGAGGUGCGCACAAUUAUUUUUGGCGCAACGUACGUGGAAAGUUUUGGCAACUCUACGGGAACCGUGAAGAGUAUCUUUGAUGUCCCAAAGCUCUAUCUGAGGUUACAGAACCGCACGGCGGAACGGCCCAACUCAUUUGAGGUGGAUCGAUGGAACAUUCACUAUGAGGUGGAGGAUGAAAUUGAGCGAAGAAAGAUGUGGAAAAAGAACAAGGAAAAGAACAAGCUGGAGAAACAUGGCUUUGUACAUCGCACUUACGUGGGUGCGGAUGGAAAGAUUUACCCAGUACGCAUGGUUGUGCUGGGGAUUAUGGUCAAACGGAGAGAAGUUCCCUUUCAUGUCUUGUACCCAUACGGCCGUCUUGAUCAGCAGCGUUUUCAACAAGAGCAGGCAAAGCACCAUGGAUCCAAAAUGCCAGAAGAAAAUGUACCACUUUUUGAGUACUACCCUCUCCAUGACUACGCCCCAGCCACGACGGUGGAUCCUUUUUCUUCACUCCUGCCAUACUUGUACUGCAUUGCCCAGUAUCGUUGCAACGACGGGGGAAACAACUACAUAAGAAGGAGUGGAAUGAACUCAAAACAUGUGGUAGGCGCCCACAAUAACGUUGUCAGUUGUGACCCCUCUUUCUUUCCCGCUUGUCCUCCCUCUCUUUGGGAGGAUAUGGAGGCAUCGGAUACAAUACUGAAAUUUCAUGCCCUACAGGUGCAAUUUAUUGAGGUGCGCAACUUGCAGCCGACGCUUCCCAACCGCUUUAAAUGUCACGGAGAGGCGUGGGUCUGCGCCACAGUCCCAAUGGGGAAGCGGCCUAUGACACCGUACGACACGCUCCCAUUUCGCACGCCGUAUCUCAUUCAUCGCGACAACACACGGUGGGAUGAAAGGAGCCCAGCAACAUCAGCAGUUUUCUUUGUUCGCAAGUGUGACCGAAUCCGUGUUGUCAUAUACGAGUACGCCACCUUCGGCGCUGUGGAACUUGACUUGAUGCAAUUUGGGGAGCUCUGGAGGCCGGACCCUCUACCCGCAAAAAACGGCUUCAAAGGCGCCUUCAACAGUCUGGAGAGAUGGUUUCCAUUGACGGGUGGAACCCUGACAGACGGAGAGGUUUGCCUGCGGCUAUUCCGUGUGCCAGAAAAGGUGGCGCUGGGGGUGCGCGCGUGGGUGAUUGCGGCGGCCAACAAGGAGCGGCGACGCCUGGUGCGGCAGAGAACCGAGCGAAGGGAAGACGCCACUAGGGAAAGCUACUCAGCCAAAUGCAGCAUCAUGUAA